CGACGUCCUUCUCUCCAUCAUCAUCGCUUCCUUUGGAGCUCCCAUCACCACCAACCCCAAAUCCAAUUCCAUCCCACCACCCCGCCCCGUGCGAUACCAUCCUAUCCAUCCCGGCCACACUUUAUUCGAACCCAUCUCCCUCGCCCAUCAUCGUACCCCGCAGCUCUUUUCAGCUCCGUCUUCCUGGCCACUUCUCACAAUGCCUGGCCUGGUCUCAGCUACCGGAGUCCUGGGCUUCCUGGCCGAUGAGGAGCAUGACCUCAAGGUUUUCGCCCUCCAGACUCUCAACGACGACAUCGACACUGUCUGGACCGAGGUCGCUGGUGCCCUGAGUCAAAUUGAGGCUCUCUACGAAGACGACUCCUUCCCUCAACGACAGCUCGCCGCCCUCGUUCUCGCAAAGGUCUACUACCAUCUCCAGGCCUACAAUGAGAGUAUGACAUUUGCUCUCGCUGCUGGCGACCUCUUCAAGCUCGAUGCUCCCGGCGAAUUCGAGGAUACCAUCAUUUCAAAGUGCAUCGACCAGUACAUUGCUGCCUCUUCCGCAAAGCACACUGCUCCCGAGUCACCCCAAAACGAUACCUCACUCCCCGCUCUGGCUACCACUUUCGCCAGCGGUGCUGCCGAUGGCUCCGCCUUGAUCUCUCCCACAACCCCAUUCUCCCAGACGACCCUCCCCUCCAAGUCUCUCCUCUCCCGAGUCUCGACCGACAACACAAUUCUCGAUCCCACAUUCCAGCCUGUUAAGGAAGGCCGCUCCGCAUCCAUCGCCCCAAUCAAUGACCAGGCGACUCAGGUUGCUCUGCAGCGUAUUAUCGAGCGUCUGUUCGAGGCUUGCCUCAAGGAUGGCAGGUAUCGCCAGGUCAUUGGUAUCGCCGUCGAAGCCAAGAACUUGGAGGUUCUGCGCCGUGUCAUCAAGCGCGCCGCCGAUGACGAGAAGCAUUCAAAGGCCAAGUCGUCGGAUGGCCAGGGCCCCGCCGAGGAGCUCAUGGACUAUGCUUUGGGCAUCUGCAUGGACGUUGUUCAGGAGCGAAGCUUUCGCACUGAGAUUCUGCGUCUGAUCCUCGACCUCCUCAACGACAUUCCGAACCCAGACUACUUCGCCAUCGCCAAGUGUGUCGUUUACCUGAGCUCCGACGAGGAGGCUUCGCGCAUGCUGAAGCAGCUCAUUACGAGCGGCGAUCGGAAUUCAAUCGCCAAUGCCUACCAGAUCGCUUUUGAUUUGUAUGAUAAUGGCACUCAGGAGUUCUUGGGCAAAAUCAUCAGCUCGCUGCCGUCAGGGGAGCCUGCUAAGGAGAGCGACGCAACUGAGGAAGAGCCACUGAUCGAGAAUCAAGAGUCCUCAGACGAGGAGCUGUCGGAGGAGCUUUCCAAGGUUUACAAGAACAUUCGGUCAAUUUUGGACGGCAGCAAGACCAUUCAGCUGAACCUCGAGUUCCUCUACCGCAACAACCGCACCGACCUGAGCAUUCUUAACAAGGUCCGCGAUAGCUUGGAGGGUCGCAAUUCCAUCUUCCACACAGCCGUCACCUUCUGCAACGCUUUCAUGAACCAGGGCACCACCAACGACAAGUUCUUCCGCGACAACCUCGAAUGGCUUGGCAAGGCUGUCAACUGGUCCAAGUUCACCGCCACCGCAGCUUUGGGUGUCAUCCACCGCGGCAACCUUACGCAGUCUCGCAAGCUUCUAGAGCCCUACCUUCCUCGCCAGAGCGGCUUGAGCAGCGGCUCCAUUUUUAGCCAAGGUGGUGCUCUCUACGCCUACGGUCUGAUUCACGCCAACCACGGCGCCGACGCUCUUGACUACCUCAAGACCCAGUUCACAUCCGCAGAGGAGGAAGUUAUCCAGCACGGUGGUGCUUUGGGUCUGGGUAUUGCAGGCAUGGCAACUGGCUCUGAGGAGAUUUUUGACAACCUGCGCACGGUUCUUUUCACCGACUCUGCUCUCAAUGGCGAGGCUGUUGGCCUUGCCAUGGGUCUCAUUAUGCUCGGUACCGGCAACGUGCGGGCCUUGGAGGACAUGAUUACCUACGCCCACGAGACGACCCACGAGAAGAUUGUUCGUGGUCUCGCCAUUGGCAUGGCCUUGAUCAUGUUUGGCCGCCAAGAGGGUGCCGACGCCAUGAUUGAGGGCCUGCUUAACGAUCCUGAUCCUACCUUGAGAUAUGGCGGUAUCAUGACUGUUGCUCUCGCCUACUGCGGUACUGGCAGCAACAAGGCUAUCCGCAAGCUGCUUCAUACUGCCGUUAGCGACGUCAACGAUGAUGUACGCCGUGUCGCCGUCAUGAGCUUGGGCUUCAUCCUCUUCCGUAAGCCCGGCAGCGUUCCUCGCAUGGUCGAGUUGCUCUCCGAGUCGUACAACCCUCACGUGCGUUACGGAUCUGCCAUGGCGCUGGGCAUUUCUUGUGCCGGCACCGGCCUGGACGAGGCCAUCGACUUGCUCGAACCUAUGAUGAAGGAUCCCACCGACUUUGUCCGUCAGGGUGCGCUCAUCUCUCUGGCCAUGAUCAUGAUCCAGCAGAACGAGGUCAUGAAUCCCAAGGUCGCUUCUAUUCGGAAGACUCUGAAGAAGGUCGUCGGCGAUCGCCAUGAGGACGCCAUGACCAAGUUUGGCGCGUCGCUUGCGCUGGGUAUUAUCGACGCGGGUGGUCGCAACUGCACCAUUGGCCUCCAGACCCAGACCGGAAACCUCAACAUGGCCGGCAUCGUUGGUAUGGCCGUCUUCACCCAGUACUGGUACUGGUUCCCGUUCACCCACUUCCUUUCGCUCGCUUUCUCGCCCACCUCCAUCAUCGGUCUCGACCACGAACUCGAAAUCCCCAACUUCAAGUUCCAUUGCGCCACCCGUCCCAGCCUCUUCGAUUACCCGCCAGAGCAAGAGGUAAAGGCUGAGGAGGGUCCUACCAUGGUCGCCACAGCCGUUUUGUCAACAACUGCCCAGGCCAAGCGCAGAGCUCAGAAGAAGGAGCGUGCCCAGCGUCGUGAGAGCAUGGAUAUUGACUCUGCCAAGCCAACGGUGUCCGACAAGAUGGAUGUGGAUGAAAAGAAGGAAGAGACCAAGGAAAAGAAGGAGGGUGAAGCUGGAGAGAAAGAGGCAUCUGUUGCUCCCGCCGACACCAAGAAAAAGGUAGAGAAGGAGAAAGUCGGUUACGAUAUGGAGAAUCUGUCGCGCGUGCUUCCGGGCCAGCUCAAGUUCAUCAGCUUCCCUGCCGGACGUUACAAGCCGGUCAAGAAGCCUACCGGAGGACCUCUGCUUCUGCAGGACACGCAGCCUGACGAGGAGAAGACGCUCAUCGAAGAGAAGUUGAAGAAGGUGACAACAGAAAAGGCCCCAGUCGCCGGCCAAAGCAACGCAGGCGGAUCAUCGGCGGGCUUGACACCGCGCCAACAGCAGAACAUAAUUUCCCAGGCCCUGAGAGCAGGUGCUGGUGGCGAUCUUCGCUCGCUGAAUGAGCUUAGCGAGCUCCUGGGUCGGCAAAGAAGAGGUGAUCUUGUAGGCGCUACUGAUGAAGGAGGGGCGGCUGCUGCAGCAGGAGUGCUGACAGCAGUGGACGAGGAUGGCGAGGGAGACGAAGAGGCGGACGUCCCACGAGAGUUUGAAUACUUCACGGACAAUGAGGAGGAAGAUGAUGAGGAGUAGCCAUUCUCGCAAGCGAACCACCAGUGUUUGUGACUCUAGGCUUGAGGCCAUAACGGUGUUUAGAGAAUAGAAUGGGGGCGGCGUAGAGCUAAAACGACUGCCAUUCUGCCAAGGACAGUCGGGGGCGAAGAGAUUUUGCCAGGCUGUACAAUAGUGUAACAAUCGAGUUAUUCGUAGAGGUUGCUUCUCACAUGCGUGUAGACCCGUGAACGCGCCAUGCGACAAAGCAAAGGAUCGCAGCGAAUAUUGGAAUGUCUUGACGUAUAGAAUAUGAGGAUCAAUAAAUGAUUGUAGCCAG